AUGCGGAACUGCGGCUCCAUCUAUGAGGAGAUGACAAAGCAGCUUCUGGCGACCGGCCGAUGGUCGCACCUCUCCGUCCGCCAGUGCUCCAUCACGAAAGCCCUUGUCGUCUCUGAAACUCAGAAAGACUUGUCUGACACAAACAUGCACCUGCUCCUCGGAGAGAAGAUUCCAUGUGAACGAGUAAUCGCAACCCGACGUGUCAUGUCGAAGCGAUACCAGGGUCACCUUGGCAAGGGCAGCAGGAGGAGGCACUUUGUCUACGCCUCGCGGUUCUACACGUCCCCGGGACUCCGGAUACCGAUGGGCAGCGGUGAUGAUGGCGAGGUGCGCGUGGUCGACUUUGUGGAGAACACGCGAAGCAUCACAUUAAAGAGCUCAAUGGUGACGGCGCUGCUAAAGUACCACAACUACAACUGGAAUACCCUUGGCGACUAUCUUCCCAUGUCCUUUAAGCUGCUACCAUGCCAAUCGAGCCGUGACGAGCGGCAGCAGUUGCUCGCGACCGCGAAGAACGGUGUGCGACUGCCUAACCAGGCGAGCAAACCGUGUAUGUGGAUCGUGAAGAGUUCGGCCGGUUGCCACGGCGACAACAUUGAGAUUUUCCCUGGUGACUAUCGGGGCAUUCUGAAGUUGCUGCGCUUCAUUGAUAGCCAACACGACAAUCACGCUUGGAUAGCGCAGCAGUACGUGGAUCGCCCCCUCCUGUACCACAAGCGCAAGUUCGACAUCCGGUGCUGGGCCUUGCUCCUUCGCGAUCUGUACGAGAUCUACGUGCACGAGGAGUUGGUGAUGCGCACCAGCAGCGUGCCGUACACUCGCGAAAGCGCGACGUCCAAGACCCCCAUUGGCCGCCUCGCGCACAUCACAAACCACUGCGUGCAGGAAACUGGCAAGAUGUACUCGUUGUACGAGGAGAGCAACGAGCUAUGGCGGGAGCACCUGGAUGGACUCAUACGCUACAAGGGAACGGUGAGAGCUGCAAAGCUGAAGCAGGAAAAGUGCACCCCUCUCUGUGGUCUGAGGAUACAGGAGCCAAAACACUGCGACGCUCCUUACCCGACAACGUCCUCAAAUGAUGUGAGAGAGUCUCCGUACCCCAUUCGCGAGAUGAACCACAACGUCAGUACACCUACCCCACACCCCGUAAGUGCCCAUGCUGAGUCAACCUCGAUCACGCUUGACAGUCAUAUCAUGCCGCAGAUCCACUUUAUUAUUCGCGACUCGCUGCUGGCCGCACGGGCGCAUGUGCCCGAUGAGCCGGCCGUCCCCCCUACCCACACAUUUCAGGUCUUUGGGUACGAUUUUCUCAUCGACGAGGACCUCAAAGUGUGGCUCCUGGAGAUCAACGGCGCACCAGGCGGCCCUGACCGCCUGAAGCCUGCGCUAGUGAAGGAUACGAUUGAGCUGGCAGUGGCCCCGUACUUUUCAGGAACGAUGAACCUGAAAGCAAAGCGACACAACGGCUAUGUGCGUAUCUAUCCUUGA